ACUCAAAGGACGUGAAGAAAAGGGUCCAAGGAUAUCUCCAAGGAUACCCAAAGGACACGAGGAAAAGGGUGCAAGGAUAGCUCCAAGAAUACCCGAAGGACACGAGAAAAAGGGUCCAAGGAUAGCUCCAAGGAUAGAGAACGGACACGUGGAAAAGGGUCCAAGGGUAGCUCCAAGAAUACCCGAAGGACACGAAAAAAAGGGUCAAAGGAUAGCCAAAGGACACUAGGAAAAGGGUCCAAGAAUACCCGAAGGACACGAGGAAAGGGGUCCAAGGAUAGCUCCAAGAAUUCCCGAAGAACACGAGGAAAGGGGUCCAAGAAUAGCUCCAAGAGUAACCAAAAGACGCGAGGAGAAGGGUCCAAGGAUACCAAAGCACACGAGGAAAAGGGUCCAAGGAUAGCUCCAAGAAUACCCGAAGGACACGAGGAAAGGGGUCCAAGGAUAGCUUCAAGAAUACCCUAAGGUAACGAGAAAAGGGGUCCAAGAAUAGCUCCAAGGGUACCCAAAGGACGCGAGAAGGGUCCAAGGAUAGCUCCAAGGAUACCCGAAGAACACGAGAAAAAGGGUCAAAGGAUAGCCAAAGGACACUAGAAAAAGGGUCCAAGAAUACCCGAAGGACACGAGGAAAGGGGUCCAAGGAUAGCUCCAAGGAUACCCAAAGGACACGAGAAAAAGGGUCUAAGGAUAGCUCCAAGAAUACCCGAAGGACACGAGGAAAGUGGUCCAAUGAUAGCUUCAAGAAUACCCGAAGGACACUAAGGUAACGAGAAAAGGGGUCCAGGAAUAGCUCCAAGGGUACCCAAAGGACGCGAGGAUAAGGGUCCAAGGAUAGCUCCAAGGAUACCCAGAGGACUCGAGGAAAAGGGUCCAAGGAUAGCUCCAAGAAUACCCAAAGGACACGAGGAAAAGGGUCCAAGGAUAGCUCCAAGGAUACCCAAAGGACACGAGGAUGGGGGCCAAGGAUAGCUCCAAGAAUACCCAAAGGACACGAGGAAAUGGGUCCAAGGGUAGCUCCAAGAAUACCCGAAGGACACGAGAAAAAGGGUCAAAGGAUAGCCAAAGGACACUAGGAAAAGGGUCCAAGAAUACCCGAAGGACACGAGGAAAGGGGUCCAAGGAUAGCUCCAAGAAUUCCCAAAGAACACGAGGAAAGGGGUCCAAGAAUAGCUCCAAGAGUAACCAAAAGACGCGAGGAGAAGGGUCCAAGGAUAGCUCCAAGAAUACCAAAGCACACGAGGAAAAGGGUCCAAGGAUAGCUCCAAGAAUACCCGAAGGACACGAGGAAAGGGGUCCAAGGAUAGCUUCAAGAAUACCCUAAGGUAACGAGAAAAGGGGUCCAAGAAUACCUCCAAGGGUUCCCAAAGGACGCGAGAAGAAGGGUCCAAGGAUAGCUCCAAGGAUACCCAAAGGACACGAGGAAAGGUGUCCAAGGAUAGCUCCAAGAAUUCCCGAAGGACACUAGGAAAGGGGUCCAAGAAUACCUCCAAGGGUACACAAAGGACGCGAGGAGAAGGGUCCAAGGAUAGCUCCAAGGAUACCAAAGCACACGAGGAAAAGGGUCCAAGGAUAGCUCCAAGAAUACCCGAAGGACACGAGGAAAGGGGUCCAAGGAUAGCUUCAAGAAUACCCUAAGGUAACGAGAAAAGGGGUCCAAG